AUGACAUUCUUGGGUGGAAGAGAUGACAGAGAGGCUUUGUGCUUAGCCAAACGAGCAAUGAGGGACCCCAGGAUCAAGUUGGUUGUGUACCACCUUGCUCCUAAAGAAUACAAUAUAGACUUGGAGUGCAUAAGGGAUAAUGAGAUGUUAGAAGGUAUUAAGAAACCAGAGUAUGGCUUGGAAAGUGUGAGUUAUAGAAGAGUGACAGUAAAUGAUGGACCAGAUACAUCUAAUAUUCUACAUGAUAUAGUAAAUGAACAUGACUUUUUCAUAGUUGGGAGAUGGCAUGACUUUUCCCUCAACUUCAUGUCUGCAAGUGCAGACAAUGACAUCCACCUGGGUCCGCCAUUGCCUUCUCCUAGGCAACUCCCCAGAAUAACAUUGGUAAGGAUGAAUAACUGA